CCAACAUUAAUUUAUUGAAAUUAUCAAAGGAGGAAAUACGAUUUUAUUGAACUUCUGAACAAUCGAUCAAGAAAAUUGUGAUUUUCCGUUAAAGAUCCGCAUCGCUAAAUUCUACCGCAACAAAAAUUUAUUAAUACUCUUUCUGGAAUCGAGUAAGUGGCAGCGUACUUUUUUGGCAGCACUGCACGCCGAGAUCCAAAGCUUACAGAUGACGAACAGGUCUUCCGCAAGAAGAAGGGCUCGACGCAUCGAGCGACUACUCAUCACCCAAUCAGCCGAACCGAAAAGAUCGAGGGCCCGGCGAAAAAACCCGGCAUCGCGUGAGUCCGUUGCAAAGAUUCGCAACAACCACGGUGCAAAAAGCACUAUGCUCCGAUAAGCAUCGAGAGGCCACGUGCUGCCGGUAAUUGCGUUAGAGCAGCGACGCGUCGCCGGCCGAUCGCGAUCGGAGCGUGGCGAAAUUCAGCCGCGGCCUCUGUCUCGCAGAAAUCUCGCGAGAGAGCCCGAUUAUCGGGGGUGGCUGGUAUCGUAAAUAAGCGAGCUAACCGACCAAUUAGCCAGGAAGCCGAUUCGCUGGCGCGUCUGACGGUGUUCUGGGAUCGGCCGCCGAUCCCUGGGGACCGCGACGGUGACGGCGCCGGGUGGCACAGCCUCGAUUAUCUCCCGAACCGUCGUUGCUUGUCACCACGAAUCGUAACGCGUCUUCUGGGCCCGCAGUCCAGUCGACACGAGUCGCUCGAACACGAAACUACCCGGUCCCACGACAGGGUUGGCCGAGAACGCACGUCCGAGUGUUCGCCAGCCUUCGGAAGAUUAGAGAAGCUCGGGCUCUGAGGGACUCCGACAGUGAACGGUGAUCGACGCUUGGUCUUUUCGAUUCUUUCCCUGAUUCGCUGACUUUGUGCUACAUUGUAAUUGUCUGUAUUAGUUGAAUUUAAUAGAACCUUCGGUUAGAGAACUUCAACUUAGAGAAACAGACUUGUUGCGACUGUUUCGAGGACUUUCUGCCUUUGGAAAAAUUUAUGCAAAACAUUUUGGAUACUGAAGCCGAGCUAGGAUGAAAUUCAGUACUCGAAGAGUCCAAUUUUUCUGAUGGUUGCAGCGUCCGGCAACUUGCUCGAUUAUUUUCGCGGCGUUCUUCCGACAAAUAUACAUAUAUAGGCAAAUUUUUACAAUCGAAUUUACUGUGGUACAGCGAUCAGAAUUGUUAUCGUCGGGACAGAAGAACAGUGAAGAUUGCGAAGGAACAUCUGCCGGCGCAGUUCCAUCUGUUGCAUAGAAUCCACAUCGGAGUGGAGAGAAAGAGUGGAGAUCCAGCAGUCGAUCCAAAAUAGAGGAAGCGUACAGGAAAAAGUGAGGAUUGCAGAGGAAACCAAUUGAUAACGAGACAGAUCUAUCAGUCGAUUAGAUUGUGACCACCGGGAGGAAGAGGAACAUCUAGUAGUACAAGCCAAGUUUGCAUCGCAGUGCUACUGUGCACGGUCCGAUCGUCUAGCCGAAGCGAAAAUCAAUGUAUUACAGCAGGAUCCGAAGAGGUUGUAACGUUUAGAAGCUGUUCUAGAGCUCGAUAAUUAACUCAUAGAAUUCUAUGUUUUCGCUGAGAACUUACGAGAAGUCGAUCUAACAGGCUGUAAAAUUAACAGUGGAAGAUCGAUCUUCCGGCGCAGAUAGCUCUUGGACGAGGAUUUUUAAUGUCCUGGUGAAAAGACUGAAGGAAAAGCACGGGUUGGUUGAUACUGUACAACAACAGCGGGAGCCUUGUAACAGUGGCAAUCGGAAGUGAUAAUGCGUAGAGGAAAUCGGGACAGUGACUAAUGGUGGAAUAAUUGCAAGUGAACAAUUAAUUAAGUCAAGCAAGGACGACGAAUCGAUUACAUCUGUUCUACCGAAAUAUUUCGAAGACUAUACGAAACAGGAUGAUCGAAGACGCUACGAUAUUCGACAUGACGGACGAGCUGUUGUUCUCCGCGCUGGGCCUGACUACGGACGCAGGCGUCGAGCAACAACUGUUCUCCACAGACCAGGGCACCUUGGACUGCGACUUCGAGGUGUCCUCCUGCGGAACGACGCCUCGCAGCGACUAUUCAGAACCCAUUGACAACCGUGUGAACAACGCUGUCAACCAUUCCGACUACUACACGGAUCUAAACUGCCCGACGAAGCUAUUGUGGAACGAAUGGCCCAAUCAGACCUCCGCUUCCUCAGGAUGUCUGAGCGAGCUGGGCGAGCUAGACUCGGAAUUGGAAUGGUGCCUAGAUAAAAGUUGGAACUCCGGGCUCCCGGAGAGGACACCAUUGUGCACCGAGGGGUGCGAGGGUUUUCUACACUUGCCCCUGCCAAACCCUGAACAAACGUUUCAACGGGAAGAACCACUAUGGGUGCUUGGGAUCGAUUUGAGAGCACUCGAGGAUACUUUGGAAACGAGCGGAGUAGAUUACAACAACAAUCAAUUAGAGGAGAACCUCAUCUCGUCAGCAGCUGCAGCGGCACUAGCAACCCACGACUACACUAAUCGUACUCUGGCGAAUGCAGCUGAAGACCGGUGCUUCCCUUGCACUUAUCAAGGAUGUGUGAAGGUUUACGCAAAAGCGUCGCACCUGAAGGCACACCUUCGCCGUCACACAGGUGAGAAACCGUUCGCUUGUACAUGGGCCGGGUGUGGAUGGCGUUUCAGCCGGUCGGACGAGUUGGCCAGGCAUAGGAGGUCCCAUUCUGGGGUGAAACCGUACCCCUGUGAGAUGUGCUCGAAGCGAUUUGCACGCAGCGAUCACCUAGCCAAGCAUCGCAAGGUGCACAGAAAGAACACCUAUCCUCUGUUCCACGGUGGCAGAGGACUACGUGGAGGGAAGAUGAAUGUUCUACCCACGGAAAGCUAGCUACACUCGUUUAGAGCACUCGCCAUAAAUUGAAGAGUUGUUCCAAAAAUCCUCUCCGUGACUUUCUUGCGCGAAGUACUUAAUUAAGUAUUGUUAACGGUCUCUUAACGCUAGCUGAGACGAGGAAACGACUCACGAAUUGAAUCAAAAUACAAUUGAAAUAUACGGCAACCCUCGCAAUCCCUUCUGUUUGUGUAAGAUUUAUAUCAAUGCUAAGAUUUUAAAAAAUUAAUUUAAAAAUCAAUUUUGAUCAAGAUUAAUUGCUUUAGAAGAGAAUUUUAAAAGAAGUGAAACAGGCGAGCAGAGUUCUUUUGUAGUUUGUUUCUAUGAUGGUUUACAUGACAAGUCUUGAGAAAUUAUAAUAAAUAAUGUUGAAAGUGU